ACGAACGCGGGAUUUACAACGAAAAAAAACAAUCUAAAUGUGCCCUAAAAUGUUGUUUUUCGUCUGUUUAUCAACUAAAUUAAGAUGAAUACCUUUCGGGGAAUUAAUGAAUUUGAAAAGCUGUACCGGGCCAGUCCUGUGCCAAAGGAGGUACAGGAUCAGUGGCUUUUGAGAAAAAGUUCAGGAACAGAAGGAAAGUUUCUCCUCUCCAGUUCCCGUUCUAAACCUGUGACAAGGAAAAUUACCAUCCCCAGCCAAAAGGCAAGAUUGUUACAGAGAAUGCAGGGAAGAACAGUGGCAUCUGCUGAUAACUGUAGUCAUGAGGAAAACGAACUGAUAAAUCCAACAGAAACCAUUCCCAAAGCAUCCCUGUCAGCACUAGAAUUUAGCUCCAACGCCACAACUUUGAACCUGUCUGAUAAACUGUCUGUCACACUCCCUGAAGGGAACAAUAAUAUUCCCACAAAAACUACCAAAAAGGGAUUGUUAACAAUAUCUAGUCAUGAGUUUUCUCCUGUUAAAAUAAGUACAAAUGAAAGUAAGGUGGAAACUCCAGUUUUGAAAGGUAAAAUUGCUAAAAUUUUGUCAAAUUUGGCUGUGUCUGACACUGAAGACAAAACACCUGCCAAGAUAUCCCAAAAGGAAGGCUGUAACAGCCCUAGAAAACAUGCCUUGUAUUUUGAUGGCAAGUCUACAUGUGAGUCAGCAGCUGCUGAGGACCAUGACUCACCCCAGGAGAGUUUUCUCCCUGGGCGGGGCAAUAUGACAAGUGUGAUCGAGAACACUUCCAGUAGUUGUGAGGACUCGGACAGAGUAGUAGACGAUACUGAUACUGAAGUCGAAGUAAUGCCCAAGGCAAGUCAACCACCAAAUGAACCAGAAAUAAAGAAGCUGUCUGUUCCAUCAGAGAAAAACAAGACAAAGACACAAGCUGGUAAUGUAACAUGGAAUGGCAAUGCAAGUAAACCUGUGCUGAGUGAAAGGCCGACUUCACAAAGGUCAACCGGAAGCAUUGUGAAGGAUGGAUCAAAACAUGUGUUGAGUCAGUGGAUCAUCAAACCAUUUGAUCAGUGUAGAGGGGUUUGCGUGGAGGGACAUAAAAGUGGAGAUCCCGAGGAAAACUUUUGGCACAGUUCAGUGAUUGUGAAACGUAUUGACAAUAAAACAGUGUUGUCUGGCUCUGGCACUGUGUACAAAUUGCUUGGGGACAUAGAAGAACAUGAUGCCUUAGAAGCUGGUUUUCCAAGAAGUCUGGUAAAGAAAUUCAAGGAUGGUUUCCCUCAUGACUGGGAAAAGUUGAUUCAGAAUUUCUGUCUGAGGAAGGAAAAGAGAAAGACUGUUGAAGUGCAGAACGCAACCUUUGCAGGAAUUAAAGCAGAAAAGCUGAGGUUGAGCCACAGGAGGAGGACUUGUGAACCAAAGUUGGGUUCAAUCUUGGAAGUGCCCAGCCCAGUGUUGGAAGAGCUGCCCCGAACACGCAGUGGGAGGAUGGUGAAGCCGCUGCUGGCCUUCUGGGCGGGCCAGCGGGUGCGGGUACACAACAAGACAGGACAUGUGGAGAUCACCCCAGUUGAGUCCCCAGUCCUUGAUAGAUCACAAACUCAGACACGGCAGUCUCAUGAAAACAAUCUAUCAAAACCGGCUACUGUCAAUAAAACACAGAAAUUAAAAUCUGACUCCAAGACUAAUUGUGUGGUGACAGUUAAGAGAAACAUUGCAACUGCCAGAAAGACUGAAGAAAAAACUGGAUGUUCUUUGGCUGCUCUGAAGAGAAGCUGCAACAUUGAAUCUGUAGUUGUUCUGACUGAUAUAAACAAAGAAAACAGUCAAAGGCCAAAGAAGACGUGUGUCCAGCAAACAAACAAAAGGGCAAAGCCUGUACACAGUUUGAAUGUGGAAGUUGAUGUGUUGAGUGUUAUACAGAAGCAUAAGCUAAAACGGUUGUCUCAAAGAAAAGGAAUGAGUACAAAGACUUGUUACAGUAAAGCAGGAGAAAAGUUUUCAGAUUCCUCAGACAUAGACUCUGAUUGUGGUGCAAGAAUAGCUGUCUCAGAACAGGUAUCUUCUGUCAGUGAUACAGCCACAAAGGCAGACUUAUCUCCUGUCGGUGGUAAAAAGGGUCAUGGGGUGAGGGCGAAAACAACUGGAAAGAACAGAGAGCAAGGGAAAACUACCCAGGAGCAGUGUGACAGAACUAGCAGUGAUGUUUGUCAUGAGAGCAUACAGGUGACUGGCCGGCAGACUCAAUCUAGGGCAGUUUCCCUCCCUGAGACCCGAGAUGUGCAGAGCAAUUAUCACACAAGGUCAUCCAAAAGGAAGCAAAUCAACAAACGCUGUCGUGCUAGCUCAGCAAAAGACCUCUCAGAUUCUUCACUUGAGAGAAGUAAUACACAAGAAAGAAAGAAAAAACCUAAGAGGAAGACAAUGAUGAAAAAGAAAGCACACCCUAAAGAAGAUCAUGGCAGUCUAAAUUCCUCCACAGAAUCUGAGGAUGAACCUAAGAAAUCCACAAACAAAGGCAAUGGUAAGUUGGCAGGAGCUAAAGCAUCAUUACCUUCAGCUAAGUCAUCUUCAGAAGAAAAGCUGAAAGACAGUGAAAGCGAGUCUGAGAAACCUGCUACAGCCAUCAGGCAAACACGAUCCAACAGAGGGAAGAAUAAAAGAACACCUAGUGUGCGCAUGGCAGGAUCUUCUGACGGGUUAUCAGACCAUACUUACGAGCCAAGUAGGGCAGCUCAUGGAUCGAAUCUGAACAACAGAACAACAGAGAGAACCUUAUCAAAGAAAGGCAAAGCACAGUCGGCUGCCAACUCAAACACAUGGACAAAGAAGGAAACCAGUGCUCUGUAUGGAGCAGUAAAGAAGUAUUCUCCUGAUGAUCCCAGUUUCUGGAUGCUGGUGUCAGCAGCUGUUCUGUCAAAAACACGAGAGGAAUGUCAACAGUUUUACUACCGUUCAGCAGAGACUGACAAACAGGCUGCUUCCAAGGCUUCUAAACCCAAAGCUAAAGCGGCCAAGCCCGUGACACUGACCGGGGGAGUGGGCACUCUGAAGAGGAAGAGGGAGCUGCGGGAACUGCUGGAGCAGCACAAUGAGGGCUAUGAGGAUGAUUACUUUGACUCCACGCCCAUGCGCAAACAGACGUGCAAGGCCCCGAUAUUUGAUGAUGAUGAUGACGAUGAUGAUAUAUUUGGUGACAAGUUACCAUUUGACACGCCAGCUGCUUCAAGAACUCCAUUUCUCAGAAACGUGGAACCUGUUUCAACUCGGAAGACUCCACACAUUGGAGGAGAAACUCCUAGCUAUAGUAAAUCUGUGAACAGGAAGGAAAUGGACAGAUAUAUCCACAGACUGAAGAAGAGACGAAGAAUUGCCCCAGAGUUGACCAACCACAAAAAUAAGAAAGAAUCAGCUGCUAAUAAUGUGGAGUACAACGAUGAAUUAUUCUCCAAAGAACAGGAGAUUGAGCCCGAUUCAGAAGAGGAGUCAGAUUAUUACUGGUCAGAUGAUUUGGAAUAGUGGGGACUUCAGAGGCAGUAAUGAUUAGAUUGUGAAGAGAUGAUGACCUGGGCUGAUGUUCAUGAUGUCACAUGACCUAGGCUUGUAACUACAGGCAUUACCUCAGACAAGCUGGACCUGUACAUAUCUGGAUCAGACAGCAUGGGUUUGCAGCUGAGAUCUGAGGUAACCUGGACUUGUAGGUCUCUAAAUCAGAUGACCUGGGUUUGCAGCUGAGAUCUCCAGCAACCUGCACUUGUACUUGAGCAGUCAGCCGUUGGAACAUUAGCUGAUAAGUAAGAGGAAGUAUUGAAAGCUGAGGUUACAACCCAACUGAGUGAUCACAAAAAACUGAACCCUUUCCUGAAUGGUUCUGAAUAUUGUAGAUAGUCUUAAUAUAAACCUCAAUAAGGAAUUGAGUUUCUCUUUGACUUAAGAGAAAUUGAGAAGCACAGACUGCUUACCUUUGAGCAGAAAAAUGACAACUUUUAUCUCUGAUUGGAUCAAAUACAUAUACAUGAACAUAUAGUUCUGAUCUGAUGAAUCAGUAUGACCAAACAAGCUCUGACAGCAAUACAUGUAAUUAUAUCACACAACUUAUCAGGUAGUUCAAGUUCAGUAAAUUACUUACCGUAGAAACGGAUGCCCUCUGUCAGAGUAGUUGAGCAAUAAGCGAUUUAUGACCAAGUUCAUCUUGAUUUUGCCACGAAAGUGUUAAAUAACCACAUGGUUAUUUAACAGCUAUCUUUUAAAUGUCUUGUAGCCUGAGAUAAAACAAGAACAAAGUAAUAUGAGGCAAGAAAGUGUGUGGGUAUAUAGCCCAUUUUGGCUCCUAAAAGGAAACUUUCUUAGCCAUCCAAGUUAACCCAGAGAACAAAUGUAAAACUCUUUUUGGAAAAAGGAUAUUGUUGAUAGAGUAUCAAUAUUCAAAUCUGUGCUGAUUUACUAUGAUGUGAAAAACUGAUGUGAAGCCUCAACAUUUUGGUCAGGUCAUUGGAAUUCACAGAAAGAUGUGAAAAUUGUACACUGAACGAAUGAUAUACUGCUUUAGUUAGAGGCAAAGAAUACUUUUCAGUUUUUUGUUUUCACUGACAAAAAGAGUGAUAAGUAAAUAAUCACAUGUAGGUGGAAUUUUAUGCAUUAUGUUCCUUUUAUAUGUAUUCAUGGGUAUGAAAAAUCUAUUCCCACAUAAAAUAAUGAAAUCUUUUGAAAAAUCAAAUGACAUAGUUGAAGUGAAACUUUGUAGUUGUUGUUAUUACAUCUAUAUCAUAUAUGAACAGCAUGUUCUCUUUGACCAUAUAGAAAACAUGAAACUUUGCUUUCCUUUUUUCAUAAGUGUGUGAGUACUUCAAGUCAGACAAGUUGUAAGAGAACAUGAGACAUCUGUAUGUCUAGGGUACACUGAAUGACAUUAGGCCAGGCCUGAUCAGUGAAGUCACUUAAGUCAUUAUUAUCACUGAAACACUGUUAGUUUGGUACAGCAGUUUUAUGUAUACUAGUAAUGUAAUCAUAUGUACCUGUAUUUGAAUAAUGUGUACAUGACAUAAAAUGUGAAAAAGCUUGUUUUGAGCACCACAAUUACCAUGAUCUAUGACUGGAAUUGUAAUGGGAAACAUUGGGUUGAAGCUGCAAAUAACAUGAUUAAAG